CAGCGGCCUCCGUCGACAGCAACAAUGAAGCCCUGGACCGUCAGGUGUCAAGUGAUCCUCCACCGGACCGCAACGAAAUCGCCAAUGACCCGGCAUAUCUCAAUUCGGCGUCCAGUCCAAGAGCGCAAAUGUCUCAUUGCAACCCGGAAUCAUCGACUUCUUCCGCCCUCACGGCGGACACCUAUAUAAGCUCUACACAUAUUGCUGCUGCACGCGUCGGGGAUUUCCUCUGGAAGAAGACACCGAUCCACCCCAAUGUCUCCAUUCCUGUCGCAGAUAAUAGCUUCGUGCCGUCACCGACACGGGGUUUGAUCGAGAGCUGGUCUCAUGCGCAACACGCGUUGCUUGAACCCCCAAGCCUUCCGAGUAGAAGCGAUGCUUAUGAUCUUUUGAGUUGUGUAAACUUCUACGUUGGCCAGACCCAACAACACUUCGACGUUCGGGAGGCCUCGGACCAUUUGGAGCUCUUCUUCGAUGACCGCCUGUCGUCUUCUCCAACGCCAAAACUUUGGUACAUAAAGUUGGUCUUGAUCUUCGCUCUUGGAAAGCUUUUCGAGGGGAGAUUCGAUGGUGAGCCACUGCCGGGAGAUCGUUACUUCAAGUAUGCCCAGGGUCUCCUUCCAAGCCUCAGUGAGCUUCACGCAUCCAAAAGACAUGGUGUAGAGGCUCUCAACCUGGUAGCACUAUACCUCCAGAGUGUCAGCAGAAGGGAAGAAGCUUACUUAUACGUCAAUUCAGCGCUGCGGAUCGCUAUCGCUCACGGGUUCCACGUUCGUGGUCGGUUAAAAGAGUAUCUGCAGUCCGAGAAGACCCACCUUAAUCGUCUCUGGUGGACAAUAUACAUGCAAGAAAAACGCUUGGCUGCUGCAACCGGCAAUCCAUCCAGCCUCAACAGCGAUACGAUCGAGCUCGAUAUGCCUACAGAUGCACUUGGGUUUUCUUCUCCGUUUCCAAUCUGCCUCAAUAUUAGAAUUGCACAUAUUACAGGUCGGAUUCUCCAGAUACUGUAUGAGCGGAAGCCACAUAAGGAUGCAAGUUUGAUACACAGUGUUCAGUCUAUCAUCCAAGAGCUGCAGGUGAUCUUGGCAGAGCUACCGUCAGAUUUCUCAGAUGGGACUCGCGGCCAGACCCCAAGCCUAAACAUAAGGACGUUCGCUUCAAUUCAUAUUAUGCUUUACCAGGCUAUACUACUCACUAUUCGGCCAAUAAUGUUAUAUGUCGCACGGCUCAUACUGGUAGGAGAUGAAACAAGUCGCUCUAAAAUUUACAGCUCCUCCCUGGGUCGACUAUCCCGAACUUGCGCGGAAGCAGCGCGCAGGAUGCUUUCCAUGACCCUACUGCUGAAAAAGGAAAAUAUUAUCGCUAUCUUCGGGUUUUUUGAUCUCGACGCAACCUUUUCGGGAGCAUUCAUCAUGAUUCUGACGGCCAUAUUCAACAUUAUCUGUGAGGGUGAUCAAGUCCUCGCCCCAUCCCCGGGGCUUGCCGAGGCCGUCGAGGUUCUGCGCCAUCUUUCAGAUCGCGGGAAUAUUUUUGCUGGUGACAAACUCCGAGAAGUUGAGCACAUUUGGGCGCAGUUGCAUGUCGACAACAACCUACACAAUGGACCAUUGGCAGGCUCUAACUGGACGGGCGUCUUCCCAGCGUCGCAAGAGCCGAAUCCAGAACAAUCCAAGUCUGUGCGACCCUCGGACAUAAGACGUGACGCAGAAUCAACUAUGGGCUAUAUCCAGACACAUUUGGCAAGUCAUCGUGAAGCUGGCACCGAAUCGGGCGGUAGUCCUUUCCAAGCUUCACACCACCAAAGGUCGGCGAAUCACGAUGACUUUCAAGAACUUCCGAUUGGAGAUUGGCUUGUCCGGGAUACCAAUGAACAGUACAAUGCAAUUUUGGGCAAUCCAGAGUGGGCCUUAACUGGGCAGGACUCCAUUGACUUUGCUGAAUUAGCGAGUUGCUUUCCCGGGUUUGGAGAAUAAACCACUCGACUUUUUGGUUCAUCGCCCUGGUUCAUUUCUAAACUCGCUCCAUGACGUUUAUUACCCAAGCAAAAACUUGCUAAUUGAGGCUUUCAUGAUUCUGGCGCGAGAAAACCACA